AUGGGGGUGAGGAAAAGGAGACUUGGACGAUACAAAGGAUAGACUUUGGUUUUUUUCUCGUCUAUGUGAAGGUUGGAUACUCUGAUCUUGAGAGACUAAGGAAUCAUCAAAUGAGCAGUUUUUGGAGUAGGGGAAAGUGCUUGGUCAGAUUAGGUUUAUCCUUGGAAGCUGCUGCUGGAAGAGAUACCAAGCCAACAUUAACAUACUCAGUACCGUCCCCUUCACUUUCCAAAGCUCGUUUUGAAACAGAUGAAAUAGUUGAAACUGGAGCUUCCUCCUCAUCAGACAGAACAGACUUGGUAACAACAGCUUGUCUACCAACCAAGCUAUCAAUUCUACUACAAGAGACAUCUGAAAUUGAAGUCUUGCUGUCACUGUUUGAACUAGGGGAAGUUUUGUCAUUUGUAUUAUCUAAUUAG